GUCGUGACAAAUUUGACACUUAUGGCACCUAAUUUAUUAUGAAAAAAGAAACAUGUAUCCAAACUUGAAUUUUCUUUAUAAACUAUCAUGAAAAUUCGUUUACAGAACAAACAUAUGAGAUAAAUCUAAAAACUUGUGUUUAUAGUAAUAAUGAGCACAUUUACUUUUCAUAACAAACAACACACAGUUUUGUAAACAUGGAAGCAGAUUCGACAACUUAUGAAGACAAUCGAAAAUCAUCAAAUAGCGAAAUCUGUUUACCAUUCAAUUGUAACCCAGCCAAUCUAAAGCUGUACGAAGAACUGGUGAGUGACAGUGGGAAUCGUAGUUUAGAAAGUCAGCUAAUUACAAAACUGCAGGCCUUUGGACUUCUGCCAGUAAAUAUAACGUGCCCUGAAGAUGCACCUACAUGUAAAGUUGUGUGUAAGUUAGCACGGGUCAUUGAUAGAGUACAGUGGGUUUGUGAAGGAUGUAGCAAAAGGCAACCUAUUAGAACUGGUUCCUUCUUUUUCAAGCUACAAUGUACAAUAUUACAAACUCUCCAGUUAAUCUUGGCCUGGUGUGAAGAUGCUGAACUCAAUAGUGCAGCUCAGUAUUUUGACGUAAAGCCAAGAGUUGCCAGUCUUAUUUACGACAAGCUCGAUGACUUGGUUAUAAAUGAAAUAGAUAAAAUUAAAUUGGGGGGAGAUAAUACUGUAGUACUCAGCGAGUUGUAUCCCGAUUGUAUGAACAGUUUAUCACCAGAUACGACCGAGCAACCCCAUGUGCAUAGAAUAUUAAUGCUGGCUGAUACCAAACAAAUACCCACCCAUUAUAGGCUACACGUAAUCAGAGAGGAUCUAAGGAAAUUACCAGGACAUGUAAAUAGUGAACAGUGCAUGAAAGAGGAAAUAGAAAGGGUAAUAUCAAAUACAGUUACGGCUCAAUCUAUGUUUGUUUCUGGAAGUACGAUGCCGGGUGUAGACAGAACAGUGCCCCUGACAGCACUGUUGCAGCACUGCGAUCCUGAAAUGCAGCACUUUUUGAGAACCCGUAUAUGGAGUCAGGCAGUGUCCCUGUGUACCGCAUCACGUGAUCUGUGUUCAUUGCCAUGCCCCACAUUCAGCUGUGCUACAUCAGUGCAACGCUACUUGGACACAUCUCUGUACCGUCUGAGAUAUGGUGAUGGAUUCUAUGAACACAUGCUUAGGUUGGUAGCUAUGGAGUACACACAGAAUGUCAUCGUUUAAUGUCGAAUCUUGACACCGUUAUUGUUAUAUACAAAUUCAUUAUUGUUAAGUGAUUGUUUAACAAAUUAAUAUGAUGAUUAAAUAUUCCAUUAUGCCGGUGUGAAUGAAGCCAUAGCUUAAUAAAAAAAAAAAUUAAGUGGUGCUGUGUGGUUGGUAGCCAUGGAGCGAACUAAGAAUGUAAUUGAAUAAUGUUGUUUAUUAAUUUUUAUAUUAUUUAACAGACAUUAUGAAUUAAACAGAAAUGAAGGAGUAUUCCAGUUGGUACAAACUUUAAGUUUAUAUGUGAAAUGACAAUAAUAGCUUACAAUAAUUAAUUUUUAAACUUCAAAAAAAAAAAAAAUACUGUGACUUUAACAUUUGAUAGUAAUAAAAAAAAAAAAAUACAUAAAAUUAUUUAGAAAAUAGUUACUAAAGACUGAUUAAUAUGUGGCUUAAUACAGGAUGUUAUAUUUUUGUUAAAAAAAUUUUUGGUUGUAUUAUUAGUGAUCAUUCUUAUUAUUGGAUUUAUUCAACAAUUCAACUUUUUUAUAUUCGUUAUUAGUGAAGCCAGUAUUAUAUAUAACAAAGAACAUUAAAAACUCAAUUUGUUUGAUGUUAUGUAAUUUUUAACUAUUUAAGUUUAAUUUCCUUAAACAUCUGAUAUUUGUCAACUGUCUUCCAUUCAGUUUUUAGAAUGUAAUUAAUGAUAUUGCAAUGAUAUUUUUAAUUGUUUCCUUGUGUAAGUUUCCAUAUGUGUUGAUUUAUUUUUGUUGAACACCACCAGUUGAUUUCUCUUUCCACAGCUGAUCGAAUGAAUGGUAUAUGAAAGAAUAAUGUUAAAUAUUUUAAUUUACCUAAAAUUAGAAAAAAAUGUAAUUUUUUUUAAAGUGCCUUAAGUAAAAUGAUACUAUUUUACGGAUUUUAUAUGGAAAGUGUUGUAACACGUAUGUUUUGACAUCGGGACUAUCUGUUCUUAAUAAACGGUUGUUGAUAAUUAAA